CACUCAACCACCAGUGGCCACUGAACAUCGACGUUCAACCAUGAAGUCUUUGGUGAUUGUGCUCUUGGCGGCUGCCGCUUGCGCUACUGAAAUUGAGAAGCGAGAGGCGGAGCCUGGUUAUGGAAGCUAUGGCCAUGUGACUCACUAUCAUCGUCCUUCUUAUGGAUAUGGCUAUUCUCAUCACUAUCACAAGAGAUCUGCUGAUCCUGAACCUGAAGCUGAACCUUCCUAUGGCUAUGGUCACUCCUAUGGGCAUCGCAGCUACCACCCAGUGAGCUAUGGCUAUUCUCAUCACUAUCACAAGAGAUCCGCUGAUCCUGAACCUGAGCCUGAACCUUCAUAUGGCUAUGGUCACUCCUAUGGGCACCGCAGCUAUCACCCAGUGAGCUAUGGCUAUUCUCAUCACUAUCACAAGAGAUCCGCUGAUCCUGAACCUGAAGCUGAACCUUCCUACGGCUAUGGUCACUCCUAUGGGCACCGCAGCUACCACCCAGUGAGCUAUGGCUAUUCUCAUCACUAUCACAAGAGAUCUGCUGAUCCUGAACCUUCUUAUGGCUAUGGCCACAAAUACUCUCCAGUUUACCACAGACCAUCUUACGGUUACAGCUAUGGCAGUUACCAUUACUCACUCAACCACCAGUGGCCACUGAACAACAACGCUAGCUCAACAAUGAAGAUUCUGGUGAUUGUGCUCUUGGGGGCUGCCGCUUGCGCUACUGAAAUUGAGAAGCGAGAGGCGGAGCCUGGUUAUGGAAGCUAUGGUCAUGUAACUCAUUAUCAUCGUCCUUCUUAUGGAUAUGGCUAUUCUCAUCACUAUCACAAGCGAUCUGCUGAUCCUGAACCUGAAGCUGAACCUUCCUAUGGCUAUGGUCAUUCUUAUGGGCAUCGCAGCUACCACCCAGUGAGCUAUGGCUAUUCUCAUCACUAUCACAAGAGAUCUGCUGAUCCUGAACCUGAGCCUGAACCUUCAUAUGGCUAUGGUCACUCCUAUGGGCAUCGCACCUACCACCCAGUGAGCUAUGGCUAUUCUCAUCACUAUCACAAGAGAUCUGCUGAUCCUGAACCUUCUUAUGGCUAUACCCAUGGAUAUUAUGCUCCAGUUUACCACAGACCAUCUUAUGGCUACAGUUAUAAGGGUUACCAUUAACCUACCCAGAGCCUCACUGUAAUAUUAGAAUGUUGACUGAUGAGUGUGUCAGAUCACAAAGUUUGUAAUAUAUGUGAGAUUAUUAAAAAUUUGUGAUUUUC